AGAAAUUAAACUCUUUUUGGAGAAUUUUAUGAAAUUGUAAUAAAUUUCCUGCAAAUUGGCACAAACACAAAAUAUAUUAUUUUUACUAGAAAUAUUAACGAACACGGCUAAUAUUAAUAUCUGUUUUUGUGCGUUUAUCAACAAAUAGUUUGUUCCUAAUGAUUAUCAACCGUCAAAAGCCUAACACAAUUUAGUAUUUAGUAACAAAUUAACAAUUGUAGUAAAAAUACAUUUUUAUUAAAUUGUAGUAUUCAUUAAUUUAUUGAGUGUAAAACAUUUAAAGCAACAUGUCUGAACUACCCAGCGAUAUUAACCAGUUGUUCAAUUUUAUAGAUGACAAUAAAACGAAAUAUAUUGAUGCCUUAAGAACUGCUGUAGCCAUACAAUCUGUUUCGGUAUGGCCUGAAAAACGUGACGAAGUGGAACGUAUGGUAAGAUGGACUGAAGAUAAAUUGAAAGAAUUAGGAGCUGAAACCAGAUUGGCUGAUAUUGGUAAAGAAACUUUAGCAAACGGAGAAGAAAUUCCAUUACCUAAAGUUCUAUUGGCUACAAUAGGAAAGGAUUCGAAAAAGAAUACAGUUUUGGUUUAUGGCCACUUGGAUGUUCAACCAGCCCUUAAAGAAGACGGCUGGGCCACCGAACCCUUCGAACUAACCGAAAUAGAUGGUAAAUUAUGGGGUCGUGGAUCGACUGAUGACAAGGGUCCCGUACUUUGUUGGAUACAUGCUAUUGAAGCUUAUCAGAAAUUAAAUAUUGAUUUACCUGUCAAUGUUAAAUUUGUUUUGGAGGGAAUGGAAGAAAGUGACAGCGAAGGCUUAGAUGAGCUUCUCAUGAGUCUUAAAAAUGAUUUUUUGCGUGAUGUUGAUUACGUUUGCAUUUCGGAUAAUUAUUGGUUAGGCAAAACUAAACCCUGCCUAACCUAUGGUCUACGUGGUUUGGUCUACUUUACCAUUGAAAUUGAAUGUGCUCAGAAGGAUUUACAUAGUGGUGUAUUUGGUGGUACUGUCCAUGAGGCUAUGCCUGAUUUGUGUUGGCUUUUAAGUACUUUAGUGGAUAAAGAUACUAAUAUUCUAAUACCGGGCAUUGAUAGAGAUGUUGCUCCUUUAUUACACAAUGAAUUGGAAAUUUAUGAUAAAAUUGAUCAUGAUGUUGAGGAAUAUAAAAAAGAUAUCGGUGCAACUAAAUUGCCUCACAACGAGAACAAAUCUCAAUUGUUAAUGCACAGAUGGCGUUAUCCUUCUUUAUCGAUACACGGCAUUGAAGGUGCCUUCUCAGAAGCCGGUGCCAAAACAGUUAUACCCGCCAAAGUUAUUGGCAAGUUUUCAAUACGUUUAGUAUACAACCAAGAUCCCGAUCAUGUAACCGAAUGUGUUCUUAAAUAUCUAAAUGAGAAAUGGUCCGAACGUAGUUCACCCAAUAAAAUGAUAGUGAAAAUGAUAAGUUCCGCUAAACCAUGGUCUGGCGAUCCCAAUCAUCCUCAUUAUGAAGCUGCUAAACGAGCAAUAAAGCAUGUCUUCCACGUUGAACCUGAUAUGACACGUGAAGGCUGUUCUAUACCCAUAACUUUGACAUUGCAAGAGGCAACGGGUAAAAAUGUUAUUCUAGUGCCUGUGGGGGCCAGUGAUGAUGGUGCCCAUUCUCAAAAGGAAAAGAUUGAUAUUUAUAAUUACAUUGAAGGAACUAAACUCUUGGGAUCUUAUUUAUAUGAAGUUGGUCAAUUAAAUUAAGUUUACUUUCAUUAUUAAAUACAUUAUUGAAAAACAAGAUUUAAAUCUGGGUAAGAAAUGUUCUGCGGGUUAUUUUUAAACGUAAA